AUGGCUUCACCUCCUGUCAAUAAUACUCAGCAUUCCAAGAUUCCUGAUUUCUACUGUUGCUACUUGCUUCAAUCGAUUUGCAAGAGCCAAUCUUUCUAUAUUGGAUCGACACCGAAUCCUGUCAGAAGACUGCGUCAGCACAACGGUAUUUUGACUAGAGGAGGUGCUUGUCGGACCAAACGUGCGGGAACCAGACCAUGGCAGAUGAUCCUGGUGGUCCACGGAUUCCCCAGUAAAGUUGCCGCACUGCAAUUUGAGCACGCUUGGCAACACAGCUAUAAGACUCAUUACAUAGAGGACGUCAGCAGAGUCGUGAAGAACAAAACCGGAGGUAGGAGUAUACAUCAUAAGCUUGCCACAGUCAGACUACUCCUUGGUCAUGUCUACUUUCAACAUAUGGGCCUGACCGUCGAAUUCUUCAAUCACCAAACUCGACAGAUAUGGAACCAGAAUAAGUUCCGAGCGCAGGAGGCCUCUUCGCAUAAUGUGUCAACAGUGCCGAACGCUCUCGAUAUCCCUGACGUCUCCAGUUCUGAAAGCAUCGAUCUCUUCGCCAACGCCAAUUUAGCCCUUGUUGAAACGUUCUAUGGAGGCCAUGUCAAGAUUUACCAAACCAAAUGCAAAAUAUACAAGGAGCGUUUGACCUUCGGACAAAUUGCUUGCGAGAUAUGCGAUACGACCUUUGAUUAUACAUCUGAUGACCUGGAAAAAAAACCUUUGGUAGGGUUCUGUCCCUCUGAGAGUUGCAAUUUUGUUUCUCACUUACGUUGUUUACAUCGCUAUUUCACAGAUGAUGUCCAGCUGCUAACGAAUAGGCAGAUUCUGGUUCCAAGAACUGGGAAAUGUCCUAACUGUUCAACCGUCAUUUCGUGGAAAGAUGUUGUAACAUACUCCACAGCUAUGAAGGCGUCUUAUGGUUCCAACAGCGAGAUGGCGGCCUAG